CUCGCUGCUCAAGAGCUCUAACCACCUCAGCUAGAGCGAUCGCGAGUUAGCUUGUUGGCUUGUGAUCAAUCGAGGAGCUAGCUAUAGCAAUGGCGUCCAAGGCGUUCGUGCUGUUCCUGGCCGUAAACCUGGUGCUGCUGGGCGUGGCCAGCGCGUACUCGCCCUACGACGCAACCUCGUCCACCUCAACGCAGACCACCACGCCAGGGUCGCCCGGCAAGUGCUCCCUGGACUUGCUGAAGCUGGGCGUGUGCGCCGACGUGCUGGGCCUGAUCAAGGCCCAGGUGGGCACGCCGCCGGCGCUGCCGUGCUGCUCCCUCCUCCAGGGGCUCGUCGACCUCGAGGCUGCCGUCUGUCUUUGCACCGCCAUCAAGGCCAACGUGCUCGGCAUCCAGCUCAACCUCCCCAUCAACCUCAGCCUCAUCCUUAACUACUGCGGCAAGAGUGUGCCCAGCGGCUUUCAGUGCUGAUCUAUCGCGUCUCGACGUAUAUAUAUGAUGAAUAUAUGAGAGCGGCCUUGCAUUGCUUUGUUGCAUGGUUUGCUUGCUCC